AUGGAGCUCGACACGUCGGACGUUGAUUCUGAAGUACCGGAACUGGAAGAACCAGAACCGGAAGAACCAAAACCGGAAGAACUGUAUGAAUCAGCAGAGCCUCCUCUCAAAAGGAGCCGUGGUAUUGAUGAUAGCAUGAUCCUUGCGCAUGGUGAACUUCUCAAAGCUUAUCUGCGCAUUCCAUGCCGAAUUUCCAAGAGAAAUUCCGAAAUCGAUACUUGCAAAGAACUACUUGAAGGAUACAAAGCCGAGAAUAUAAUCCGACAAAACCAAGCAGAUGUCAAAAAGCAAAUGCGACAUUUUGAAAACGACGAGGAGCAAUUCGUGGAAAAUUACAUCAACCCUCUCAUUAAACUACUUCGUGAACAACCAAUGAUCAAAUGUGCUCCUGAGAAUAAGGAAAUCAUGGAGUUGUAUGAGAGACGUCAUGAGCUGGAGGAAUUGAUACAGAGUUAUGAGGAAGAUCCCAAUCUCAUGGAGCAUGGACAGGCGUUUUUGAAAUACUUUCACGAGAGAGUCUUCCAGGAACAUUUUGUUAGAGUCCAGGAGAAUAUUGAUUGGUGUGAGGAUGAUAUCGAGGAAAGUGAGAAGCUGCAAGUGGAUUUGAGGAUUAUGUUGGUAAACUCGGGGAUUAUUUUGCGGGGGAGAGGUCUACCGAUGAGACGGAUAGAUGAUAGUGGAAACCCUAUUCAGGAUUAG